AUGACAGCGCCCGACCUAACAACUGGGGAGAGCGGUAACUAUUAUAGAACAAGGUCAAAAACAAACAAAUUGACAUCAAACAUGAGCAACAAUGAUUGUAAUACACAAUCGAAACAAGAGAGUAUUACAAUUGAGGAUGAACGUGGAUAUAUUGAUAAAUCCACAACCACUUUAUUUCGGGCAACAUCGAUCUUAGAUGAGGAUAAAAUACGAUCAGAUGAUAAAGUUACGUUAACCUCAAUUUUAAGUGAGCAACACAUACCAAAUGUAUUAAUUCAGGAUUUUCAUGGUACAAAGCAAGAAGAUGUGGUAGCAUGGAUCGACCAACUGGAAGUUGCACUAGAUUUAACUGAUCAUGCACAUGGUAAAUGGAGUAAAUUAGCUGCAUGGUAUUUAGAGGGUGAAGCAUUAAGUUGGUAUAUUAAGAAUAAAAACCAAGUUUAUGACUGGGAUUCAUUUAGACAAAUGAUAGUCGAGAAAUAUCCAACAUGUGAUAAUCAUCAUAUUGAUUUAAUUAAACUGGAACAAGCAAUUCCCUCUUCAACAACAAUAUUAAAUACAAAAUCUAUCUCAACAAUAGACUUAGCAAAUAAUUUGCUUAAAACAUUGAUGGAAAUAAGAUUUCCGGCAAUUCCGCCAUCCAAUGACCGAGAAAUAUUACGCCAAUUAGCCGGGCGUAAACAAGCAUGGAAUGAACCAAUUUCAAGAUUUUAUCGUGGCAUAAUGAAUUUGUGA